CGCACACACACACACACACGAGAGGAAAGAAAAAAAGGGCAAAACACGUGACACCCAAUACAGCCAUCCACACUCGCUGCUGCUGCUGCUGCUGCUGCUGUUGCUGCUGCUGUUGCUGUUGCUGUUGCUGUUGUUGUGAUUGUGCAUGAGGAUGAAGCUGCUGACGCACAACCUGCUUCGCUCGCGCGUCAAGGGCGCUGCAAAGGGCUACCCACUCGCCAUCCACGCAACAACGGUGGAGACAAAGGAGGCAGACUUCAACCCAACGUUUAUUGUGCGCAUGCUGGACAGGAUACAAUGGCCCGUUGUCGUGCAGGCUGCCUCACAGGUUGGGGUGUCUGAGGAUAAGGUGCCACAGACGGUUCCCAACGACCCCGAGAGCGAUCAAGAGUUCCUCAAAGCCGCACACCACCUGCUGUUGGAGAUUGAGGUGAUUGAGGGCGAGCUUGAGUGUCCCGAUACAGGCCGCGCCUUCCCCAUCAAGCGUGGUAUCCCGAACAUGCUCCUCAACGAAGACGAGGUGUAGCAUCCCCGUUCCAUCCCAGACCAUGUGCCCGGCUGUGUUUCUGUGUCUGUGAAUCUGCCUGUGCGUGUUUGUCUCUCUGCUUGUCUCCUCUGGCUUUGCUGAGGUGCCCUCCUUAUCAAUCACGUCGCUCGUAUCGUUUGUUCCCUCGUUGCAUCUGUGUGUGUGUGUGUGUGUGUGUGUG